UAAACUAAGACACGAUAACUGUUAUGGUUAUUUAUUUAUUUGACUGCUUUUUAUAAUAAAUGAAAUGAACUAUAGUAACAGGAUGUAGUCCAAUCAACCUUUUAAGCGUUUGGACAGGCAUCUGUGUAGCCCCGCCCACAACGGGGUGUUUCCAGCUUUAAGAGUUGUGCUUCAACUUUUCUAGAUAUGACUGCUACAAGUUUUCACAACCCAUAUGAAACCGUUCUUCUCAGAUUUAUCCGCAAACCUAUUUAUUCAUAUAUUCGGGGAGUGAAAUGUCAACCAUGGCAUAUGUGAGAAACAAACGAAAACACUCGUUUUUAUAAUUUUUUUUUUUCUGUUUUGUGCUGUCAUUUGUGUUUAAAGAAGGAGAGAACAAAAAGGGUAAAUAUGGCGUUUGGUUGUUGAAAGUGAACAAGCAGAGUGUGCGGACUUCUGACCAUGGCCGAGUCCACGAAGAAGCUGAAAAAGCCUGACGUGAAAAUUGUCCUGCUGGGUGACAUGAAUGUGGGGAAAACAUCUUUGCUCCACAGGUACACCGAGAGGAAAUUCAAGGACACAGUGAGCACAGUUGGAGGGGCUUUCUUUCUCAAGCAGUGGGGACCCUACAAUAUCUCCAUUUGGGACACUGCAGGUCGGGAGCAGUUCCAUGGUCUUGGCUCUAUGUACUGUCGUGGUGCGGCUGCGGUCAUCCUCACCUAUGACACGACCAGUUGGCAAAGCUACGUAGAGCUGGAGGACCGCUUCCUAUCCCUAACCGACACUGCCAAUGCUGACUGCAUCUUUGCUAUAGUAGGCAACAAAGCUGACCUGACUGACUCGCAUGCCCAGGCGUCAAAUCCAGAGGGAGAGGGACAGGAAGAAGCUGAGCCUGCACGCUUGUCUCUUUCUUCCUCCUCUCUUCAGCGCAAACAGGUGAACAGAGAGGAUGCCAUAGCUCUGUAUGGACGUGUACUACAUUACAAAGGGCUGGAUGAGAAGGCCUGUCUGCCUGCUGAAAGCAUGUGCUUUGAGACCAGUGCCAAAACUGGUUACAAUGUGGACGUGUUGUUUGAAACAAUGUUUGAUUUGGUGGUGCCCUCAAUCCUGAAGAAACGGAACGAGGGCGAGAACUCCACUGUUGACCUGGAAGCACCCAGCACAGGCAAGAGGACUAAAGCGGGCUGCUGUGCCUAGAACGGGAAUGCGGAUUUACUCCUUAAUACAAUGAAGGCACAGAAGGUUGUUUACAUUCCAUGGAAAACUCUGGUAACCCCUGUUAAUAAGGAUGACCAAAUUUCUGUAAAUAGAGUACUUUGUAAUGAUCAGUGUUGAGAAUUAUUAUUCAACAUAAAAAAAAAAGUAUUACUUGAGUUCAAGACGGUAUGAAGACAAAAACAUUUAAGUUGUUCAGCAGUAUUUUUUAACUUGCCCUGCUGUGAUGGCUUCUAAAUUUUAUGCAGUGAUUUUUUUUUUGGUGUUUCCACUUACAACCUUUUUUUUUUUUUUUUAAAUAAAAAAUUAGACCAUCUUGUAACAAAUGUAAAAAAAUAUAAAUAUAAUAUAUGGAUUUUAUUCAUUAGAAAAAUAAAUGGUACAUGUGAUUUGUAAGUUGAAGGAUGCAGAUAAUCUUGAUUUAUCACGGUCAAAGUGGAUCCAGUGGUGUAGGGGAGGGGAGCUCCAAGAGGGCUUUUGUGGUGUGGCAUAAAAAACCCCCAAACAAAAAAACCCCAGACCACAUGUAUAGCGAGAAGAAGAAAAGGUCGUUUUGAUCAGAGUUAAAGGUGAGGGUAUUUUGUGAAUUAUCUGAUUUUAAGGCAGUUAAUAGGUGUAGAAAUUCAUCGUCCCCAAGCUUAUGAUAUACACUUUAUGGCCAAAAGUAUGUGGGCACCUAACAAUCACAAUCAUAUUUGCUUGUUGAACAUCUGUUCCAGAGUUUGUUCCCCCUGUGCAGUUAAAACAGUCUCCAUUCUUCUGGGAAGCCCUUUAUUUAUGUGUUUGGAGUGUGGCUGUGAGGAUUUGCCCAUUCUGACACAAGAGCAUUAGUGAGGUCAGACAAGGAGGCCUGGAGUGCAGUCUGUGUUUCAGUUCAUCCCAAAAGUCUUCAGGUUGGUUGAGGUCAGGGCUGUGUGCAAACCAUAUGUUUAUGGACUUUGUUUUGUGUACAGGGGCAUUAUCAGCAGGUUUGGGGCCCCUUAGAUCCAGUGAAGGAAAAUCCUAAAACUACAAUAUAGAAAGACUUUCUAUGCAAUUGUGUGCUUCCAACUUUGUGACAGCAUAUUGGGGCAUAGUGUAUGGGUGUGAUUUGUGGGUUGUCCACAUACAGUACUCCCCCACCCCGUGUUUUUUCACCCCUACUAAUUAUGCUACCGAGUUCGCCACCCUUCCUCCGACAGACACUCGUAAUAGUAUUAAUUAUCUUUUUAAUUUUACACUUUGUCAUGGGUAACAUGUUUGGAAUGAUGGAUAGAAAUGCCUCAGUUUUUAGAUUACAGUCGAUGAAGCUGUUUUGUUGAAUAUUUGCCUUAUCGUAUGCUUAACAAAUUCUUUACGCAUCUUUUUCCUGAUGAUCUGUGCAAACAAAUGUCACGUCAAAUAUGUAACAAAAAGAAGCAUUUAAUUUGUUAUUGUUCAGUAAUGCUAACAGUCACAAUCAUUCAGAACAUGGUCCAAAAAUAUUUUCCACAUAAAUACAUUGUUAACUUGUAACACCUCCAUCGUGUUAUCUCCUCCUUUGACUUGUUUAUGAUCAGAAUCAGAUAAGGUUAUUCUAGAAACACAAAACUGACACAUGUGGUAUGCAUGGCUGAGCAAAGUACAAAUGUGGUCAUUCACCUCAUAAAUUUGGUCUAUCAAUCAUUAAAUAUCAGAUAGUGAAAAGGAAUUCCUGUAUUAAGUGAGCUAUUCAUUUAUUUAUUUUAUUUUUUUGCUGUGCAAGGAAAAAAAAAAGAAGUGAAAUUUAAAAACAAAAAAAGUCAAAUCAGUGCAGUCAGAAUACAAACAAAUGAAUCCAUAAUCAUCGUUCAAUAAGACGAGAUGUUCUGAACUCCACUUUGCAAAGGGUUAACUUGUGGUCUUGCAUAUCCGAGAAACAGCUCUGUCCUGUAAAAAUGUGCAUGCUUGUGCUCAGAGGCUGCUGAAGCAUAGUAUAACGAUGAUAACCACAUCCUGUAUUUUAAGUGCAAAUAAUUCUUCACAAAACAAAAUGUACAGUUGGAGAACAGCGUUAGUAAAAAUAGAGUUCAUUACCUGAUGAUAAAAUCGUAAUUAAAAGCACAAGUAAAGCAACACUUUAUUUGAGGUGUCCCUCAGAUGGUUGUAUUGUUUAUAGUGUAAAGCGUUUGGCUGUUGUAUAAAUCACACCAAGACAUUCUAAUAGCUACAGGAAGUGUCAUACAUAGAUGAAUAUAAGGGAAGCAGUGCGUUAACAUGG